GAAAUGCAAUUGCUGAAUUGCCAGUCACUAAUCAACAAUUAUUUCUGAAUAGAUGGAUGAUAUCUAAAUACUGAAAUAGUCUACUGUCAGACUGUGGCAUGUUUGCCAACAAGCAGUUACACAGGCAAUUUUCUGAAAUUAUAUUGAUAUUCUAAUAAUGAUGUAGAAUAUUACUUCAGCAAGAAUUUAACAAAUUCCAACUAAAAGAUCUAAGUUAAUUCUCCAUAAGUAGAUUUAAGCUAUUUCUUGGAUCUUGGAGGAUGGCUGCUACCACAGAAAUGAUCCUGCCUACAAUGACAAAAGGUCAUUUUGUAUGGAAUGACUACAACAAUAAUUUGGAAUUUGUGAGUGAUGAUGUUAGUUAUGACAAUCGAGAUAAAAAGAAAAAAGGCAAAAAUCAAGCAAAUUAUGCUGGGACACAAAACUUCAAGAUUCAAGGACAGACGACCUUCGAUUCACCAUUCAGGUCAUCACCAAUGAAGAUCCCAUAUUCUGCCGGAGUCGGUUCAAGCAAAGGAGGUGCCCGAACAAUUGGUCCACGUAGAGGUGGUUCUCCAAAAUUUGCCACUUCAUCAAGUGACACAGUCACCCUGAGUGAUGUGAAAAAAGUUGCUUUGGAUCAAUUGAUAAGUGAAAUGGAGACGAGUAACAUAGAUAUCUCACCUUCAUUUAGAAUGUUACUGAAAACUUCUCCCAAUAUUACAAAAAGAAGAAAAAGGCCAGAAUUUUUAAAAGGAGAGAAAAGACGAGCUUCAUCUAUUAGAUAUGAAGAGAGUGCAGGGAAACGUUUUAAACAGAUGAUGAAAUCGAAUAAACAAUAUUUUUUCAGUCAUUUAAUGAACAAACAAGAAUUUGAUGGUUUUCUGAUAUCAAUGCUGCAUUAUUUUACAUGCGUGUUUGAUCAAAUUGAACAAGAGCAUAGACCACAUAAAACAAGUUUUCUGGAACCAAGCAAGGCAGAAAUACAAGCUCUUGCAGACACUAAGAAGAAAAUGGAAGUUACAAGACGAAAACUUGGCCAAUCAUAUUGUGUUUUAAUACUAGGAUUAGGAAUUGAAAAACAACAUCACAUGGGUUGUGGGAAGAAAAGGGUGUCAAGUACUCACAGAGACAAGAAGAUGUUUGAAGAUUUAUAUCUUUUUUGCACUUAUGUUGUGUGGAUUACAUUUCGGAGGAAAGAAUUAGAGCGAGUUAAAAUAGAAGUUGGAAACAUGCUUCGUUCUGAAGUAUUCAAUCCUGCAUUACAACAGAAACACAAAGCCUCAGUUACUGCUGAAGCAAAGCAGACAAACAAUAGUAAUGUGCAUAAAGUGAAAAAAGAAAUUCCGAAAACAGAGAUCACAAAGCCAGAUCAGAAGAAACCUGGCCCGAAACCAAUUGCUGAACGAGUGCAGGAUCUACUCAAUGCUAAGCUUCCUACAAUGGAACGUCUCACUCCCGCACAACAUCGAAGAAAAACUGGGAAAAGGCCUGCCAUUAGAACAGCCAUAUAUCAAAGGUCAACUGCAUUGGUCUCAUUAUUGCCACUUCCGAAGGAAGAAUCACAAUAUUUGUUCCAAUCAACUCAAGGCACAGUAAAACACAAGAAAGAAAGAGUUGAAGACGAGGAAAUGGAAUUUUUAAUGCCGGACAUUUCUUCUCAAAAGAUUGGAAUCAUUGGAGAACAUAAAAGCUUAUUCAAUUUAGCAAAUUUGAUGCCAAAAAAUAUGGAAAAUGAAGAAGAUAAUGAUUCAGAAAAUGAUGGUAAUGCAAAUGAUGAUGAAAGUCAAAUUCGCUGUGAUAUCGAAUUAAAUCGACAGUCGGAUGCUAUUUCAAGAGUCACAACAGCGGAGGAGAAAUAAAUUCAUGGGCACAACUUAUGUUUCCAAUUCCUACUUUUAUCUUGUGAACCAUAAUACUAUUCUGCAUACUGGGAUAUUGAAUUACCAUCCACCCUAUGCGAGUUACAAAUUUCUAUAUAUUUAAAACAUUCUGCUAAUAAUGCACAUUUGAGCAUUUUGUAAAUCUUUUAGUUUUUCUAUUUCAUUCUUUGUGUGGAAUAUUUUGCACGAAACUGUUAAAUACACAAACACUCUGAAAUUUAGUUCUAGUUUUUGACAUGGAUAUUUUUUAUCUAUGGUUAUAGAUUCUGAUAUUAGUCGAUAAAGUGAAAUUAUAUAACUAGAUUGACAAAUGUAAAUACCAUGUAUCAGUUGCGAUGAGGAAUACUUCGUAUUUCUAAACCUUAUAUUGUUCUAAUAAGCAUAGUUCUGAACACUGUUUGAACUCACGCAUGUAGAUUUUAUAUAUUUUUAUAUUCUGGAUUUUUACAAUUACAAUAUACCAAGUUUGUAUUUUUUAUGAAUUUUUGGAAAAAUAAAUUGUAAGGCAGGCUUAAAAUUUGGUCAAGCAGAACUUCACUCGGAUUUAAAAUAUUGCAUGAAUUAGUCGUGUAUCCAUUCAAAGCACUUCGGCAGGUAGAGUACUUGUAUUCAGGGCUGAAAACUUUGUCUUCAUUUAUAAGAUUCGGUUGCAUUUGUAUAGGUCGCUUACGUCUUCCAAACAGAAUUUCCAAUACGAAAAUAUGAAUGUGUCCAUGAUUUCGGUUUAGAAGCAUUGUGCUGUUUAAUCGAUUGUGUGAUACUUUAAAUAGGAAUUUCAAUGAACUUUGUACAUUGUUGUAAAACAUUUUUCAAUUUAAUAUUUUUGCAUAUAUAAAACACCUCCUUUUUCCACUUUUAUAAAAAAAUUGGGUGCUCCUGAAGUAUGCGCACCAAGAUGUCGCACAACCUGAACUCUAAACUGGUAGUGAACCUGAGUUCAGGUUGUGCGCCAUCUUGGUGCGCAUACUUCAGGAGGUCCAAAAAUUGUAUGUAUAAAGGUUAUUUGGGCUGAAUUUUUAUUGACGUUUUAAUAAGAUACGUGAAAAAACGAGUAUCAUAUUCAAAAUCAAAGUCUGCCUAGCAUCAUCAAAAUCGUUUUAAAAGUGCGAAAAUAUAAUUUUUUCAGACUUUGACAUA